GGUGGUGAACUUCUUUAUUAAUAAUUUUUAAAAAAGCUACAGAGGCGGAAGUCUCGAAACGGGUCCGUUACUUGACAUUGACAGUUCAUCUGGGGCUGUGGUUGUACGCUUUUCCUUGAGGAAACUCCCGUGACAAAGUUCAAACGGGUUCUCGUUAUUUUAACAACCUAAAGUCUUUAGAAGAAAUCCAUGGAGGCCAUCGCUAAAUUCGAUUUCGAAGCCACAGCGCAAGAUGAACUCAGUUUUAAACGUGGAAACGUACUGAAGGUUUUAAAUGUCAAUUGCGACAACAACUGGUACGUGGCUGAACUAAAUGGAAAAGAAGGCCUUGUCCCCAAGAAUUACAUCGAGCUGAAGCCACACAGUUGGUUCCACGGGAGAAUUACGAGGGCCAAGGCGGAGGAGAUACUCUCCAAGCAAAGAUUUGACGGGGCCUUCCUCAUUCGAGACAGCGAGAGCACUGCAGGAGACUUCUCCAUUUCUGUCAGGUCGGGUAACGAUGUCCAGCACUUUAAAGUCCUCCGUGAUGGUGCCGGGAAGUAUUUCUUGUGGGUGGUGAAGUUUAACUCUCUCAACGAACUGGUGGAGUAUCACCGCACCUCCUCCGUGUCCCGUAGUCAAGUCAUUUACCUCAAGGACAUGAAGGCCGUCGCUGACACAGAGGUGUACGUUCAAGCGCUGUUUGACUUCGACCCCAAGGAGCCCGGGGAGCUGGGAUUCCGGCGCGGUGACAUCAUCAAAGUCACGGAGAACACCGACGCCAACUGGUGGACAGGCAUGUGCCACGGCCAGGUGGGCACCUUCCCCCGUAAUUACGUCACGCCAUACAACCAGAACACCUAAUGGCUGAUCCGCCUGCCGAUGACGCCACAAGAAACGAGAUACUGGAAUGAGGGAUGAGAAGGGGAGAGGGAUGCUCACAGAGACUGAGGGGACUUCAUGCACUGUUUUUUGGAGAGGGUCUCUUGACAGCAGGGUGGAUUGUUUUAAAGUCAGUGACGUGGCUGGAUGAUGGCUUGGCGAUUGCUGGCGUUGGCGCCCUUUUCUCACAAUGCUACUUGGACCCCCUCUUCUCUGUUGCAGUUUUUUUUUACCGUCGCUUCGAAAUAAAAAAGACAUUUGAAAAGACGUUCUGACAAGGCCGAGUUCCAACAGUCCUUCAGUGUCAAUGACCAAAGAUUGGCAUGGCGUUAUUAAUGAUCUUGUUCUGGGAUGUCUGAAUUCAUUAUAUUGACUUCAUGUUUUUCUAUUAAUAUGUUGAUGACAGGCUUGUUUUGUUGGAAGUGGUUUUGCCUGUUUUUGUCCUUUGUGUUAAUGUUGUUUUAUUGGCUAUGGGACCAGUUGUUUCAUGGGAAAUACUGUUUUUCAGUACUAUUUUAGGAACACCACUGAUUAAAUGAAUAGCAUCUCUAAGCCUGUGUCUGCAAUAUUGCUCCUGAACACUGAUUGCACAUUCAUUUUACAUGGGGACUAGUUGUCUUCCAAAUUUAAGAAAACAAGAUCUACUAAUACAUUGUUUUUUUCAUUUACUGUAAAAGACACUGUAAACAUGUUUUCAUUCCAAAUAUUGUUAUAACUUAAGUUUUCACAGUUGUAUCUUUCUUGUCGAAUGUCAUAUUCCACAGAUGCAGUUCUGCAUGUGAAAAGUUAUUGGUUUGCAUGAAAUAUCUUUUUACACUAUCAAUGGUGGCCAGCUCUUUUGGUGAACUGUACAUAUUGCUGAUUUUAGCUUUGAGGCAAAAUCUUCUUAAUUACGUCAUAUUUAUUCAAAUUAUUUAGGGUCAUGAAAGUAGUGAUCUUGCUGCAAAAAGAAACACAUGGUGGGUGUGAGAGGGUUCUUUCAGAAUUUGUUUGACUACACUUUCAACUUUUUACUACAGUGAGGAAUACUGUUGGUCAUGUGCUUGCAGGGAAUCUUUGAUGGGGUGUGAAACUGGAAACCACAAAUGGUACCUUUAAAUAUUCUGAUCUGGAGGAUGGCAUUAAAGUCACCAGAAAAAUACAUCACAUAUCUCCCGUCCAGACUUUAUGGAGACUUUUAAGUAAGGAUUGAUGACAAACCAUCUCACCGCCGCAGCCUUUUCUGUCCUGUUUACAAAAUGGGGUAAAAUGAAUGAUAAAAAAAAAAGAGUUCAGUUGUAAAGUCAACUUUAAACUGUUUCCACCCCACCCCAGAUGCACUUCAGUAUGUUGAAUAUGGAAUCAGUCUUAAGGGCUUCCUUUUCAAGACAAAAGGACAUGGUCCACGGACUGUUGUUCAAUGUGUUUGUUGUGUGAAGAGGUGAAGACAAAAAUAAUAUAUACUAUAUAUUUAAAUAAUAAAAUAAUGAAAAUAACAGAGGUCUUCAAACAAGUCCCCAUCCUUUGCCUUUCAUCUCUAUUUUUGUUCAACCGUACAUGGAACUUAAGUUCUUUAUCUUAAAAAGGGAUAAGAGUGCAAUGUCCAUGACUGAUUUUUGGAUCAAUAUUAAGACUUAAAAUGAGUCAUUGGCACCUGUAGGCCUAUGCCUAUUGUAAAGGAUGCCUUCACUUUAUAAGACACAAAAGAAACAUUUUAACUGGACACAAAACUCUGCUCGGAUGAAAAGUGGAGGCCUUGGGAUUUUCUUAACUGGGUUUAACUUUGGUUUGUUGCCUUUUUCCCUUCCUCUCAUAACUAUAUUAAUCUAACUUAAUGAUAUCAUUACUGAGCGGCAACCGACACCCCAAGACAAUGUAAUUAUUGUUUACAUUUUGCUGGAAUCUGAUAUGGUGUGUGUACAGCCUAUGUGCAUUAGGAAUCUUGGUGUUCAGAUGUCAAGGGAGUAGGCUGCGUGCUGUCCAUGUCUGUCACAAUUAAUGAUUUGCUUUGAAGUUGACACGGCAUGUAGAUAACAAUGAAAUAAAGUACCACAAUCAUAUUAAUCUUA